AUGCGUUUGUUACGAUCGUCAACACUUGCCUUCGGGCUUGCUACAACUGCGAAAUUCGCUGAUGCCCAGGCGCAAUUCCUUGUCAAUGAGUUAAGCUUUGGUUAUACUGGCAGAAUAAACGAUCGAGGACAAGCUACUGUACCGGGAUUCUCCAUACAAGGCACACCAGACGUACCCGAAGUUCUUUCCAACAAGGUGAUCCUAACACCACCGGCACCCGGUAAUACUCGAGGCGCGAUAUGGGCAGACCAACCGAACAGGUAUUUGACGUGGGUGGCAGAUGUCGACUUCAGGGUGAAUGGGCAGGAAAGAGGUAGCGGGAAUCUCAACAUCUGGCUUGCGAGACGGGGUAACCAAGAAAUCGGCUCGUCCAGCGUCUACGCCGUAAACAGAUUUGAUGGCUUGGCCCUCGUGAUCGACCAGCACAGUGGUUCGGGUGGUAUGAUCAGGGGGUUUUUGAACGACGGUACCAUCGAUUUCAAGGCACACCAGAACGUGGACAGCUUAGCCUUUGGGCAUUGCAAUUACCCCUACCGUAACUUAGGUCGGCCUUCUCAGAUCAAGCUGAGACAGACGUCCCAGGUAUUCAAGGUUGAGAUUGACGGUAGAUUAUGUUUCGAAAGCGACAAGAUCAGCAUCCCGCCAGGAUAUUACUUCGGUAUCACAGCCGCAGCGGGAGACAACCCCGAUUCCUUUGAGAUCUUUAAGAUGGUAACCAUGACGGAGAAUCUUGACGCUAAAUACGACGCACCUCCGCAGCAACAACAGCAGCAGCAGCAGCAGCAACAACAAUCGAACCAGAAUCAAGCGCAAGCACAAAUGAGCUACGGCCGCAACCCACCGAAUAACCGGAACCCCAAUGAAGGCGACGCCUUCGGUGACUCCAUCCCCGAUGCUGCAGCCAGCACUUACACAAGCUCCGAGGCUCAGUUCACCGAUCUUCACAACCGUAUACAAAGCACCAACCAGCAUUUGUCAACCAUCUUCCGCCAGGUUGCAAGUCUAGGGAGCAUUGGCGAAAAGCGACACGAGGAAAUUUCGAAGUCGGUCCACGAUUUGAAGCAGAUCCUGUCCAAGCUGGAUAGGCUCGACUCGCUCCAAAACGAGAUCAGCAAGCUGCAGCGGGACCUUAGGGACAUGCGAAACGACAUCAACACGAAGGUGAAGGAAUCGGAGCACGCGGUUAAGAGCUUCAUCGGUACGAACCACGGCACUAUGCUGGAGCACGUCGCUGUGCAGGCCGCUCCCAAGCACGGAAAACUCAUCUUCGUCAUCAUCGGAAGCCAGAUUCUAAUAGUGUCCGCUUACAUCUACUACGAGCGGAAGAAGGUUAUGCCCAAGAAAUACCUAUGA